AUGGAUGGAGUGUCCAAAGGCACAGAUGAGAAGUACAAGAGAUGGCACUACACCACCUACAACUUCACCAUCCACGCAUUGUGGUCAGAGUUCCUUGUCAAUGGCAAAAAGACAUGGCCCAGGAAACACAGGCAAGAAGACUAUAAUUGGUGUCUGCCAGGUCCCAUUGGUACUUGGAAUGACUUCCGGGUGCAAAUGUUGAAGAUGGAGAAUCCUUCAUCAUAG